AUUACUAAGCAUCCCUCUCUGAGUGCAAGGGUGUGUGUUGGCAGUACAGCCCCAAUCUUGCAAAAUCCUUCUUCCAAUGUUCCUCCCCGCUCUGUAUGAACCCUGUGUUGGGGGGCAGGAGAUGGAAGCCCUUGGCAAGCUCGAUUGAACUACGCUACUAAAUUGCUGAGCUCGUUUUAGUUGAAGUGUGAGAAGGAGGUUUAAGGCAAGUAGACAACAUCCUGUUGUUUGGGUGCUUCUCUCUUUUUUGCACAUCUGGCUGAACUGGGAGUCAGGUGGUUGACUUGUGCCUGGCUGCAGUAGCAGUGGCAUCUCCCUUGUACAGUUCUCCUCCUCGGCCUGCCCAACAGUCCACCAGGCCAUGGACGCAGUGGCUGUGUAUCAUGGCAAAAUCAGCAGGGAAACCGGCGAGAAGCUCCUGCUUGCCACUGGGCUGGAUGGCAGCUAUUUGCUGAGGGACAGCGAGAGCGUGCCAGGAGUGUACUGCCUGUGUGUGCUGUAUCACGGUUACAUUUAUACAUACCGAGUGUCCCAGACAGAAACAGGUUCUUGGAGUGCUGAGACAGCACCUGGGGUACAUAAAAGAUAUUUCCGGAAAAUAAAAAAUCUCAUUUCAGCAUUUCAGAAGCCAGAUCAAGGCAUUGUAAUACCUCUGCAGUAUCCAGUUGAGAAGAAGUCCUCAGCUAGAAGUACACAAGGUACUACAGGGAUAAGAGAAGAUCCUGAUGUCUGCCUGAAAGCCCCAUGAAGAAAAAUAAAACACCUUGUACUUUAUUUUCUAUAAUUUAAAUAUAUGCUAAGUCUUAUAUAUUAUAGAUAAUACAGUUCAGUGAGCUACAAAUGAAUUUCUAAAGCCAUUGUAGUCCUGUAAUGGAAGCAUCUAGCAUGAUGUCAAAGCUGAAAUGGACUUUUGUACAUAGUGAGGAGCUUUGAAAUGAGGAUUGGGAAAAAGUAAUUCCAUAGGUUAUUUUCAGUUAUUAUAUUUACAAAUAGGAAACAAUUUAAAGCAUAAUGAAUACUUUAUAAAUGAUUAAUGUCAAUUCUUGCCAAAUAUAAAUAAAAAUAAUCCUCAGUUUUUGUGAAAAGCUCCGUUUUUAGUGAAAUAUUAUUUGAUAGCUACUAAUUUUAAAAUGUCUUGCUUGAUUGUAUGGUGGGAAGUUGGCUGGUGUCCUUGUCUUUGCCAAGUUCUCCACUAGCUAUGGUGUCAUAGGCUCUUUUGGGAUUUUUGAAGCUGUAUACUGUGUGUUAAAACAAGCACUAGAAAAAGAGUGAAGGAUUUAUGUUUAAAUUCUGAAAGCAACCUUCUUGCCUAGUGUUCUGAUGUUGGACAGUAAAAUCCACAGACCAACCUGGAGUUGAAAAUCUUAUAAUUUUAAGAUAUGCUGUAAACAUGUUUAUCGUAUUUGAUGCUACAGGAUUUGAAAUUGUAUUACAAAUCCAAUGAAAUGAGUUUUUCUUUUCAUUUACCUCUGCCCUAGUUGUUUCUACUACAUGGAAAACCUCAUUUUGAAGGAAACUUCAGCAGCUGCAGCUCAUGAAUAACUGAUUUGUAACCAGCCUCCUUUUAAAGUAACCCUACAAAACCACUGGAAAGUUUAUGAUUAUAUUAAGUUUUUUAAAAAAAUUCCAAGUGAUUGAAACCUACACGAGAGUCAGAAUUUUAUGUGGUAUUUUCUUCUCACAUUUAUAUUUUCAUGAUUUGUGAUUGAUUAUAUGUCACUUUGCUACAGGGUUCACAGAAUUCAUUCACUCAGCAAAUGUAAUAGGACACUGAGGGUAUAGAAGUAAAAACACCUGGUCCCUGCUCUCAGUUCACUGUCUCGUUGGACGAGAAAACAAUAACGAUAAAGGCAGUGAAAGAAAACAAUAAAAGACAAGGAAACAAUAACAAUGAAAGUUGAUAAGUACAUGAUAAAUGAGGUUCCCUGUGUGUGUGUAGGUAGAUCUGGUCUUUAGAGCCAGAUAGAUCUGGUCUUUAGAGGCAGAUAGAUCUGGUCUUUAGAGCCAGAUAGAUCUGGUCUUUAGAGGCAGAUAGAUCUGGUCUUUAGAGCCAGAUAGAUCUGGUCUUUAGAGGCAGAUAGAUCUGGUCUUUAGAGCCAGAUAGAUCUGGUCUUUAGAGGCAGAAUGAGUCAAUGCAAAUACUCUGGUCCAUGGGCCAUAUGAAAAGGCUAAGCUUCACUGUAAAAUAGUAACUUGGAAUUCUGGGUUGUGUAUGAGUGUUGAUGAACUUGGUUUUAAUUAGUGAACUGUUGAGAGACAGAGCUACUCUUCAUGUACUGGCAAGACCUGAUUUCUGAGCAUUUGAUAUGGAUGCUGUGGGAGUGAAAAAGUGGAGUAUGGCCCCAGUAAUGCAUUAUGGGUGGUUUACCAUUUCUUGAGGUAAAAGCAUCACUUUAACUUGUAAAGGAAUUUAAAAAUCCUAUUUUCAUAAUAAGUUGCAUAGGUUUAAUAAUUUUUAAUUAUAUGACUUGAGUUUAAAUUGUAAUAGAUGUAACUAAUUCUAACUCUAUAAUGUGUUCAUUCUGGAAUAAUCCUAAACAUAUGAAUUAUGUUUGCAUGUUCACUUCCAAGAGCCUUUUUUUGAAAAAAAGCUUUUUUUGAAUCAUCAAGUCUUUCACAUUUAAAUAAAGUGUUUGAAAGCUUUAUUUAC